UGAGUUAAAGGAACCAUGCCGUUUCGUAAAACAUAUCAGAUUAAUAAUCGGGAGCAAGGCAAGGCUGCUCAACAAGAUCAGUCAUAUAGAAGCUGUCUUAUGACCCUAAUUAUUUUCUUCUUCAUGUGCCUUAUCCUUAUCCUCGCCUGCAAACCCUGGAAAAUGCAAAACCAAAGUAAAUACAAGGAGCCAUCUAUUAAACAUGACCCACAGUAUUAUCCUCAACAACGUACAAAAGAAGUAACAAGCACGAAAAAAAUUUCAUUAACGACAUCAACAACUCAAAGAUCUCCAACGACAGAAAGGACAAUUUCACCAAAAACUUGGAUAAUCCCAGUAAAUACAUCCGUUAUAGAAAAUGGAUUAACAGAAGAUACGAAUGUCAUUACUGAAGACUAUUCGAAGAAUAACGUUAAAGGAUUUCGUUAUGUUGAGCGUUACUUUGAAAAUAAGACGAGUAUCGAUGAAAUAACAUUGCCUGUAUCUCAAAAAAGUGAAGUUGAAGAUUAUACAUCAAACGAAAUCCUAAAAAAUGUAGAAACUACGGAAGAAAGCAUUAGCUUGACUAAGUUACCACAUAAUAUUACAACUGAUAACGUCAUCAAUAAUACAUCUUCAAUAUCAACUGAACUAACUGGCACCAUGAAAUAUACUUCAAUUGUUGAUAUUAUAAAGAAUAUUAUGUCAUCAAAAUCUACUAAGGAAUUCAUAAGUGAUUCUACUGACGGAUAUUACAGUUCGGAUAAAUCAGAAGUUGACAUUCUGACUAAUAAUAUUAUAACUUCAACAUUUUUAACACAAUCAAACAAUAUCGAAGAGAACGUUUUUGAGAAUUCUACUAAAAAAUAUGAGAGAUUAAGAAUUGACAUUGAUAAUAUUGCGUUUUCAACAUCGAGUCUUCUAAUUGAUGUUGAAGAAAGUACAACUGCUAAAUAUUCUUCCGAUAGGAACAAUUCUGAGGCUUUGCAAUUUGAAGUGACGACGAGUAAUGUUAUAAUUCGAUCAGAUCCUCAAGAAAAUAAAGAUAGAAAUUCUACAACAAAAUACUUAAAUUAUGAGGAAUCUGCAGUCAUAGAGUACAAUACGACUCUAAUUAAUGAAAAUGAAACAAAAGAGAACUCUCUUUCUACAAUAAAUUAUACUCCACUUAUGGAUGAAAAGUUUUCUACAAAAAUUGAAAGUGAAGUUGAAGAUUUAAUGAAUAAAACGAUUACGAGUAUAAAGAUGGAUAUUACCGAGAAAUCUAAUAUAUUAACUUCUGAUGAAAAGGAGAAAUACAACAUAUCUUCCAGGUCCAAUUAUAUUAACACAACUACUGUUUUUUACAACUACACAGCUAUCCCAAUAAGUUACAAUAAUGAGGCGAAUUUCAUGACCACGGCAAGCACCACAUUUCUUAAUGAAGAUACAAGCGUUUGUAAGACAGGAUACUGUAAGCAGAUUGCCAGCAAGAUGUUGUCCUACAUGAAUCAUUCAGCCGAUCCUUGUGACGAUUUCUAUGAGUACGCUUGCGGUGGUUUUGAAGCAAAUCCUCAAUUAACAGACGGAAAUCUAAUUCAGAGAUCUAGAAAUUAUCAACGAAUUGCCAAUCAGAUGUUAAAAGAGAAGCGCGAGAACGUGCAUUCGACUUUCAUAACGUACUACGACAGUUGCGUGAAAUACGAAAGAAAUAUGAACUUCAAUGAAAGAAUUGAAAUGGCAAAUGACGCAUUAAGAAAAAUAGGAAAGUUCUAUGUACCUAAUACGUGGCCUAGUAAUAAUAAAAUGAGCUUCACCAAUUUAUUCGCUCAAUUAAUAUUACAUCAUAGCGCUCUUUUAUUUGAUGUCGUGCCAGAAUUGGAUGAAUACCAUCCAAACAAUUUUACAUUAAAAAUAGGUCCUACAACUUAUAAAAGUCCUUUCAAAACGGAAUAUGUGGAGGAUCCCUGCUCCGACGACAAGAGCGAAACGAAAGGACAAUACGUGGAUCUCGAAAUUUUGUAUCAUAAUUAUGAAAGAUGCAAGAAUGAUACGAGCGAAUUUAUGAGUUCCAUUAGGAAAACUCUGAGAGAGCUUAAUGUUUUUAAGGAUUUAAAUGACAGCUAUUCAGAAUGGAAUGUACAAUCUGAAUACAUAGAAAAAACUGUUCAUGUAGUUGAUUCUAUUGUAAUGCAAGAAUAUUUUUCGAACUUUCCGUCUAAAAAUGAAAUACGAGAAGCAUACUUGAUGAACGAUUAUAGCAAAGUGAGUUUAGUGGAAUUACAGAGCAGUAGCACAUUUGUAAAUUGGGCGCAAUUAAUUCAUUUGUUAACAGGAGUAAAUGUGGAAAGUAAUGAGACUAUUCAAGUGUAUUUCUACGCCGCACUAAUUAAAGGUUUACGCAAAUUAGAAGAAUAUGCUGCAAAAGAUUCUAUGAGUCUUAAUAACGCGAUAAUGGCAUUAUACGCGAACAGACUUUAUCACGAGUUGGUCUUGCCAAAGCGCGAUAAUGUGAAGGAUUAUUGUCUGCGUGUGGCUACUUAUCUUCUACAGUUAGAAGCGUCUAAUUUAUAUGUAUCAUCCUUUACUGAUAAUGAAAUAAUGCAAAUGAAUGAAAUAAUAAAAAAGACAUUCAACAACUUGAAACAAACAUUAUUAGACAAAAUGCAUGAAGCACAAUGGGCAAAAGAGGAAGGACGAGAAGAAUUGUUAAACAAAAUCAAUAGCUUGAAACUCGCAUUACCCGUUGUUUCCUAUUUCAAGAACAGAGACUCAUUAUAUAGCGAGUAUAACGUAUCAGAGGUAAUUCUGAAUGAUAAUUAUUUUAACAAUUCGAUGGUGUUACUAAAAAGAUACAGAGUUUUAAUGUACAUCGAAUUAAAAAGAGAAGUUGGUGGUCCAAAACAAAUUUGGACGUAUUACGCUACGCCAUUCCAAUCGAAAGCCCAAGUGAUCUAUACUUUAAAUCUUAUUAUAAUUCCUUACGGUAUUAUCGAUUGGUCUUUAAUGAAUGUCUUAAUGAACGGUGAUGAAUUAUCCUAUUUUCUGCUAGCAACUCUUGGGAAUUUAAUAGCUCAUCAGAUCGCUCAUCAUUUCGACACGAAUGGUAUACAUUAUUGGAAUCAAAUAAGAAAUGCUGAAUAUUCCUUGAUGUUUGAAAACGAAUUUACAAACAAUCAUUUCGAUGAUUAUAUCAAUUGUCAAAAAGAGAAUCUAUACCAAGAACCUGUAAAUAUGACGUUACCCUUCACUGACCAGAUCGUAUCCUUUAGGAUUCCGCGGUUGACCUUGAACGAGCGGUUGUCUGAAAUGACAGGACUCAGACUAGCCUAUGAUACUUUGGCUCUUACGAAGUCGAAUGCGAAGAGACUACCGUGGAUACAACUCCGCAUCGACCAGUUAUUCUACCUCGCCUACGCUCAGAUGUAUUGCACAAAAAUGUCACUCACAUCAUUGUAUGUCUCGUUGCACGAAAGCGAGGAUCUACCUAGCCGAAUCCGCGUGUUCGUUUCCGCAUCAAACAACAAGUUCCUUGCCGAGGCGUGGAAUUGUCCGCUCGGCUCACAGAUUGCACCCAAUGACAUUUGCAACGUAUUCCCAUACAUAGAGAUAGAGACCUCGAUGAUUCCGGAGUGAGAAUUGCUCGCGGAAAAAAUUGAAUGGGCACCCGCGAAUAUUACGCUGUAGCAAAUGAGUCAAUCGGCAUAUAAAAUUAUUCGUGAAAUGGAUUAAUCGAUGGGCACAGAAACAAAACUCAGAUUCAUCCAUCUUGCGAGAUUCGUGUAUGAACAUUUUUAAGAUGCGAUCGAUAAUUAAGUUACGAAAUCGAAUUAGAAAUAUCAGUUUUAUGCGGUUAAUGCGUAAACCUGUCGAAUUUUAAAAUCUAAAAAAGAAGAAAUUGGAGAACAUAUGUUUUGCUUCUGUAUCUUUCAAUACAUAAAAGAGAUUCUCAUUUACGUACGAUAAAAACGUGUGUCUUAAAUUUACAAGCAAUGCUUUGAUGAAUACGUUGCCGCAAUUGUUUGCGCAUUGUUUGCGAGAUAACGUUGUAACUAACGGAGAGAAAAAAGUAAAUGAACAACAUAAUCGCUGAAUGAAUAUGAAUCAAUAAACAGUUUUUACGAAAAGUUCAUAUUGAACUUGUUUGAACGCCAAAUUGAAGCAUCCAUGGA